CAUUCAUCAGCCCGAGCGCGAGCAGCUCAGCGGAGGAGAAGCUCAGAUCUUCUGCAGCAGUGAAGGUGGUCCCGAUCCCCCCGCUCGGUCCUCGGAGGCGCUGUGUGUGAUGGCUGUGGGCUUGAUGAGGAAUGUCCCGGUGUUCCUGUGGAUCCUCCUCGCGCCGUGGGCUCUGAGCGCGCUCAGCAACGAGAUUCACAAAGGUGAAGGUGAGCAGAGCGUGACUGUGCCUCCGAAUCAGCUUCAUGACCAGAUAAAGUAUAACCUGCGUUGGUCAGUGGAUCUGGACGAUGAGGGCUGCUUCCUGCGGCCCGGUCAGAGCGAGUGUCUGCAGGAGUGUGGCUUCAACUCCACCGCCAAGACCAUCCUCAUCAUCCACGGCUGGACGAUUGGGGGUAUGUUUGAGCACUGGCUGUAUAAACUCGUGGCGGCGGUGAAGCAGAGGGAGCCGGAGGCGAAUGUGAUCGUGGUGGACUGGCUCAGUUUGGCCCACCAGCUUUAUCCCGAUGCCGUUAACCACACGCGCCACGUUGGCGUCAGCAUCGCCGCCCUGCUGGACUGGCUACAGGAUGAGCAGCAGCUGCCCCUGCAGCGGGUGCACUUGAUUGGCUACAGCCUCGGAGCUCAUGUAGCCGGAUACGCUGGAAAUUUUGUACACGGAACCAUCGGACGAAUUACAGGCUUAGACCCGGCCGGGCCGAUGUUUGAGGGGGCGGAGGCUAAUAAGCGCCUUUCUCCAGACGAUGCAGAGUUUGUUGAUGUUCUGCACACAUACACCCGUGAGGCGCUAGGGGUCAGUAUUGGGAUCCAGCAGCCGAUCGGAGACAUCGACAUCUAUCCCAACGGAGGAGACGUCCAGCCAGGCUGCGCUCUGGGAGACGUUCUGUCCACCGCCGCCGCGGGCAACUUCAUGGACGUGAUGAAGUGCGAGCACGAGCGGGCGGUGCACCUGUUCGUGGACUCUCUGAUGAAUAAAGAUCACAUUAGCUUCGCGUAUCAGUGCACCGGACCCGACCGCUUCAAUAAGGGGAUCUGCCUAAGCUGCAGGAAGAACCGCUGCAACAACAUCGGCUACAACGCCAAGAAGAUGAGGAAGAGGAGGAACAGCAAGAUGUACCUGAAAACCCGCGCAGACACACCGUUCGCUGGUUAUCACCAUCAGAUGAAGAUGCACAUUUUCAACCGAAAAAAUGCAGAUGACGCUGACCCCACGUUUUACAUCAAACUGUACGGCUCCCACAACGACACCGAGGAUCUGAGCGUAAACAUCCAAGGCGGAGUUGGCCUGAACUUCACAAACACGUUCCUGGUGUUCACGGAGGAGGACAUCGGAGAUCUUCUGAAGAUCACGCUGAGCUGGGAAGGCCCCACCGAGUCUCUGUCCGCAGUGUGGAAGCACAUUAAAUCCCUGUGGUCCUGGUCCAGCCAACCCACCCAAAAAACUCUGGAGGUUCGGCGGAUCCGGGUCAAAUGCGGAGAAACGCAGAUGAAGUUCACUUUCUGUGCCGAAGACCCGUCUUUAACUGAGAUCUCACCCGGAAAGAAAAUCACCUUCGUCAAAUGCCGCGAUGGCUGGGAAGUGAAGCCCAAGAAAAGGAUCCCAAUGUGAGGUGUUGGUGUCAGAGCGUCUGGGUGGACAGGGCUUCACAGCCCGAGCACUUUCUGGUGGGUUUGAGCCGUAACUGGAGGGCUGUGAGUUGGCCAGGGGUCACUUUGCUGGAGGGUGGAAAGGACAGAAGAGGUCACUGAGUUCGAAUCUUUUUGAGCUCCACACAUUUGCUACUAAUGUGUACAAGUUUGUUUGUUUGGGUUUUGUUUGUUUUUUAAAACCUGUACAUUUUCGUGUUUUCACCAGCCAUACAAACCUACUGAUUUUUGUUUUAAUUGUUUUUUGUUUGUUUGUUUGUUUGUUUUGGGGGGAUUAUUUAACUGUUUUUAUUUAUAACGAAGAGGAUGCACUGUAAAACUUAUUUAUCAACCAGAUGCACGUGGUGUACCGGCACAUUCUCCUCCUCAGAGCUGCUGUUCACAGGUCGGAUUCAGACGGAUUUAAUGACUGCAGUAUUAAACCAGCGGGAGAAUGAAGGAACAGCCGUUCGGUGUUUCAGAACAAACCCAAACUCUUGUACAUGUUCUGUGUUGUUUUUUUUUUUUUGUU